AUGGCCCCAAUCGUUCCGGCCCUGAGCUGGGCGCGCAGGCAGCCUCAGCUGCAUCUCGUGUCCAAUGAAGACUCUGUUUACGAGCAAGACAUCCUUCGCGACCCCGGUAGUGUCAAGCCGUGGCUGACUUACAUCGAAUUCAAAACCCGGCACGGUUCGAUACUCGAGCAAGCAUAUGUGAUGGAGCGGGCAUGCACCCAGUUACCUCGAUCAUACAAGUUAUGGAAGUUGUAUCUAUCAUUUCGAGUUAAGCACGUCACCAAGCUGAACUCAGCGUUGUUCGAUAAAGAAUACCGCAAAGUCAACGCUCUUUUUGAAAAGGCUCUCAACUUGCUCCACAAGAUGCCACGAAUUUGGGAGAUGUAUCUUCGGUUCUUGACAAAGCAGCCACUCGUUACCCUAACACGACAUGUAUUCGACCGAGCCUUGCGAGCUCUCCCAAUAACACAGCACAACCGAAUAUGGGCCAUCUAUAGGCCUUUUGCGAACUCUGCUGCUGGAGUAACUGCCGUAAAAAUCUGGCGACGCUACAUGCAGGUGCAUCCGGAAGAUGCCGAAGACUUUAUUGAGCUUCUUGCACAAAAUGGUCUAUAUACCGAGGCAGCGCUAAAGUUUAUCGAAGUCCUCAACAAUACCAGGUUCAACAGCAAGCACGGUAAGGGCCACUACGAACUCUGGAGUGAGAUGGUUGAUCUGCUCGUCGCGCAUGCAGCCGACAUCGAAACUGGACAUGAAACAGGAAUCGACGCUGAGCGGAUUAUUCGAAGUGGCAUCUCCCGGUUUGCUGACCAGCGAGGGAAGCUCUGGUCUGGUCUCGCCACUUACUGGAUCCGAAGGGGGAGCUUUGAACGGGCGCGUGAUGUGUUUGAGGAGGGCAUCACUACAGUCAUGACAGUUCGAGACUUCACUUUGAUCUUCGAGGCAUACACUGAAUUCGAGGAAUCCAUUAUUGGUGCCCUGAUGGAAGUUGCAUCUGGACGGGCUGAAAAGGGGGUUGAAGAUGAGAACGCAGAUUUCGAGUUGGAUAUCCGAAUGAUGCGUUUCGAACAGCUAAUGGAUAGGCGUCCAUUCCUCUUAAACGACGUUCUUUUACGCCAAAACCCCAACAAUGUGCCUGAAUGGGAGAAGCGUGUAGCUCUCUGGGGCGAUAACAAGAAAGAGGUUGCUCAGACAUACACAGACGCCAUUGCAGCCAUUCAGCCAAAGCGAGCCGUGGGUGCUUUCCACCAACUCUGGACUAAUUAUGCCAAGUUCUAUGAACGUGGAGGUGAUUUGAGGAACGCUCGGGUCAUCAUGGAAAAGGCUAUCAAAGUCCCUUUCAAAUCAGUGGCAGAACUCGCCGACAUGUGGAUUGAAUGGGCGGAAAUGGAGCUGCGGAACGAGAACUUCGAUGAUGCUGUCCGAAUCAUGGCAAAAGCAGUUCAAGCGCCCAAGAGAUCCACCGUUGACUAUUUCGAUGAGACUCUAUCACCACAACAGCGAGUUCACAAAAGCUGGAAACUCUGGAGUUUCUACGUCGACCUUGUCGAAAGUGUUUCAACUCUGGAUGAAACUAAGAAGGUUUACGAGCGGAUAUUUGAGCUCCGAAUCGCGACACCUCAAACAGUUGUUAACUACGCAAACUUGCUCGAGGAGCAUAAAUACUAUGAAGAGUCGUUCAAGAUCUAUGAGCGCGGCUUGGACCUCUUUAGUUAUCCUGUCGCCUUUGAGCUUUGGAACCUCUAUCUUACCAAAGCUGCCGAUCGCAAGAUUGGAAUCGAACGACUUCGAGAUCUCUUCGAGCAAGCCGUGGAGGAUUGUCCUCCGAAAUUCGCAAAGACAAUUUACCUCAUGUACGGCAAUCUGGAAGAGGAGCGUGGCUUGGCGCGACAUGCCAUGCGCAUCUACGAGCGGGCCACAAGGGCCGUUGCAGAUGAAGAUCGAGCCGAUAUGUUUAACUUUUAUAUCACCAAAUCUGCUUCCAACUUUGGCUUGACAUCGACCCGGCCAAUCUACGAGAGAGCCAUCGCUGCUCUUCCCGACGUCGAAGCAAAGGAUAUGUGCCUUAAGUUUGCAGACAUGGAGAAGCGGUUGGGCGAGAUUGAUAGGGCUCGCGCUAUCUAUGGCCACGCGUCGCAGUUCUGCGAUCCUCGAACUAGUCCUGACUUCUGGACGAAGUGGGAGCAGUUCGAAGUACAGCAUGGUAACGAAGACACUUUCAAGGAAAUGCUGCGCAUUAAACGAAGUGUACAAGCGCAGUACAACACCGACGUCAACUUUAUUGCCUCCCAGGCUCUGGCACGCAGCCAGCGUCAACCUGAGGGCGCCGAGGACGCUGAGAUUACAGAUGCCAUGGCAGCAUUGGAAAGGCAGUCAAGAGCACCACAGGGAUUUGUCGCGGCCAGUACGGGCCCAGUAGGAGGAAACACAGCGACAGCCGCCAUUCCAUCCAAUCCCGACGCUAUUGAGAUUGAUGGCGUUGAUGAAUGA